AUGGCGCCCUCACUCUUCCGCAGCAGGGACAUGACCCUGACCCAGCUCUAUGUCGCCAACGAGAUCGGACGCGAGGUCGUCUCCGCCCUGGGAGAGCUGGGAGUCAUGCAGUUCCGCGAUGUAUGUUGAGAUGGCAGCCUUAAGAUGAGAGGGAGGGAAUGCGGGAUACUGAUACGAUACAGUUGAACCCCGACACGACCGCCUUCCAGCGAACCUUCACCCAAGAGAUCCGCCGCCUCGACAAUGUCGAACGCCAGCUCAACUACUUUCGCGACCAGAUCGAGAAGAACAGCAUCGAAAUGCGCUCCAUCUACGAGUUCAGCAAUACUAUGGCGGCUCCGUCUGCCUCAGAAAUCGAUGAGCUGGCCGACCGCAGCCAGAGCUUGGAGCAGCGCAUCAGGAGUCUCAACGAGAGUUACGAGACUCUAAAGAAACGCGAGACCGAGCUGACGGAAUGGCGCUGGGUGCUUAGAGAGGCUGGUGGUUUCUUUGACCGCGCUCGUGGCCAGACCGAGGAGAUUAGACAAUCGAUCGACUCUUCGGAUGAUGCUCCACUGCUACGCGAUGUUGAGAAUGCGAACGGAUCCACCGAAGCUGGCCAGCAGAGCUUCAGCGUCAUGAACAUUGGCUUUGUUGCCGGCGUCAUUCCCCGCGAGCGGAUGGCGGCGUUUGAGCGUAUCCUUUGGAGAACUCUGCGUGGCAACCUCUACAUGAACCAGUCUGAGAUUCCAGACGCCAUCGUCGACCCAGAGAAGAAUGAGGAGGUACACAAGAAUGUCUUCGUCAUCUUUGCGCACGGUAAGGAGAUCAUUGCGAAGAUCAGGAAGAUCUCUGAGUCUCUGGGUGCGGAUAUCUACAACGUGGAUGAGAACAGCGAGCUGCGUCGAGACCAAAUACACGAGGUCAACAGCCGUCUUCAGGACCUGUCCAACGUGCUUGGCAACACCAAGCUUACGCUCGAUGCUGAGCUCACUCAGAUCGGACGUUCUUUGGCCGCGUGGCUCAUCGUCAUUAAGAAGGAGAAGAGCGUCUACCAGACACUCAACCGUUUCUCCUACGAUCCAGCCCGAAAGACCUUGGUCGCGGAGGCCUGGUGCCCGACCGAUUCCCUGGGCGUCAUCAAGUCAACCCUUCAGGACGUCAACGAUCAUGCUGGUCUAUCAGUGCCUACCAUCGUCAACCAGAUCAGAACGUCCAAAACGCCACCAACCUACAACAAGACCAACAAGUUUACCCUCGGAUUUCAAACGAUCAUUGACGCCUACGGUACUGCCAAGUACACUGAAGUCAAUCCUGGACUACCUACCAUUGUCACGUUCCCCUUCUUGUUCGCCGUCAUGUUCGGUGACUUUGGUCACGGUAUGAUCAUGACACUCGCUGCUGUCGCCAUGAUUAUUUUCGAGAAGCCUUUGCAGCGUGGCAAGCAGGAUGAACUAUUUGGCAUGGCUUUCUAUGGUCGUUACAUCAUGCUCAUGAUGGGAAUCUUCUCGAUGUACACCGGUCUGAUUUACUGCGACGCCUUCUCAAAGGAGAUCCCCAUCUUUCCCAGUAUGUGGAAGUGGGAAUUCCCGGACAACUACGAGAUAGGAAAGACAGUCAUCAGUGCAAAGAGAGUGGAGGGCUACACAUAUCCUUUCGGCAUGGACUGGAGAUGGCACGACACCGACAAUGACCUCCUCUUCAGCAACAGCUACAAGAUGAAAUUAUCUAUCAUCAUGGGUUGGGCGCACAUGACCUACUCGCUCUGCCUCUCGUACAUCAAUGCUCGCCACUUCCGGUCGCCUAUUGAUAUUUGGGGCAAUUUCAUCCCGGGAAUGAUCUUCUUCCAGGGCAUCUUUGGAUACUUGGUCCUCACCAUUGUCUGGAAAUGGUGCGUUGACUGGUACGCCAUUGGAGAGCAACCGCCCAAUCUUUUGAACAUGCUUAUCUACAUGUUUCUGAAACCCGGCACUGUCGAUGAACAGUUAUACCCUGGCCAAGGAGCGGUACAGGUCAUAUUAGUUCUGCUGGCAGUUGUGCAGGUCCCAAUCAUGCUGUUCUUGAAGCCGUUCUACCUUCGCUGGGAGCACAACAAAGCCCGCGCCAAGGGAUACCGUGGCAUCGGAGAGACCACGGCCGUCUCUGCUCUGGAUGAUGACGAUGAGGGCGAACAUGCAAACGGCGACCCAGGACGGCCAAGCUUUGCCGAGAGCGAUGUCGAUGGUGCUGUGAUCACUCAAGAUAUUGGUGGCGGCGAAGAAGGUCAUGAAGAAUUCGAGUUCAGCGAGGUGAUGAUCCAUCAGGUCAUUCACACUAUCGGUACGUUAUGAUGAGCUGUGCGCUGUUUACUGAAGUGGCUAACGAAACCUGCAGAAUUCUGCCUCAACUGCGUCUCGCAUACAGCAUCUUACCUGCGUCUGUGGGCCCUGUCACUCGCUCAUCAACAGCUGUCCAUUGUGCUCUGGUCAAUGACUCUGGCUAACGCCUUCAAGUUCGAAGGAGGCGUGGGUAUAUUCGUCAUCUUCUGCGCCUUUGCCCUUUGGUUCGCCCUCACUAUUGCCGUCUUGGUCGUCAUGGAGGGUACUAGUGCCAUGUUGCAUUCACUCCGUCUGCACUGGGUUGAAGCGAUGAGUAAACAUUUUAUUGGCGAGGGAGUGGCAUUCGAACCUUUUAGUUUCAAGGACAUGCUGGAAGAGGAGCUGACAGAACUGAAAUAG